GCUGCGCGCCGAUUGGUCAACGCCGCCCGCACGCGUCUGACCGUCAUGGCGGCCACACGAGUGGUUCCCAAAUUCUGGAAGCCAGGGACGGAGGCGCCUGGAGUUGGGGAGGAGCGAGCUACUGCGGGGGAAGAGGCCUCCACGGCAUUUGUGUACAACCCUCACACCUCCCUUUCCAUCCAGCAGCAGCGACAGCGUUUGCCCAUAUUCAUGCACAGGAAUCAUAUCCUUUACCUGGUGGAGAAAUACCGCACUGUUGUGAUUGUGGGUGAGACUGGAUGCGGUAAAAGCACACAAAUUCCCCAGUACCUGGCAGAAGCCGGCUGGACAGCGGAGGGACACGUCGUGGCCAUCACGCAACCACGGAGGGUCGCAGCGACCACGGUCGCAGCGCGAGUUGCCGAGGAGAGAGGCGCGUUGCUGGGUCACGAGGUCGGCUACUGCAUUCGCUUUGACGACUGCAGUGACCCUCAAGCCACUCGCAUAAAGUUUUUGACGGACGGCAUGCUGGUGAGGGAAAUGAUGGCUGAUCCACUGCUGAAGAAGUACAGCGUUAUUAUACUGGAUGAAGCCCAUGAACGGACUCUGUACACCGAUAUCGCUCUUGGCCUGCUAAGAAAGAUACAGAAGAAGAGAGAAGAGCUGAGGAUCAUUGUCGCAUCUGCUACUCUUGAUGCAGAGAAAUUCCAGAAGUUCUUCAACCACAAUGACACAUCGGACCCCAACAAGGACACAAGCGCCAUCCUAACCGUGGAGGGACGCACCUACCCCGUGGAGAUUUUCUACACGCACAGUCCUGUGCCAGACUAUGUGAAGACCACGGUAGAGACAAUCAUGAAAAUUCACAACGAUGCAGCGGACGGAGACAUCCUGGCCUUCCUGACCGGACAGGAGGAGGUGGAGAACGUCGUGUCGGCCGUGGUGGAGGAGGUGCGUGCGGCGGCGGCUCGCACCAAGGGCAGCCUGCACAAGCACGUGCGCGCCCUGCCCAUGUACGCCGGGCUGCCUUACGUUGACCAGAUGAAGGUGUUUGAGCGUGUCGGCCGCAGCUGUCGCAAGGUGGUGGUGGCAACCAAUGUGGCGGAGACCUCGGUGACGGUGCCGGGCAUCGCGUUCGUGGUGGACUGUGGCUUUGUGAAGCUGCGCGCCUACGACCCUCGCCGUGCCGUCGACGCGCUGCUCGUGACGCCGGCAUCGCGGGCGUCGGCACAGCAGCGUGCCGGCCGGGCCGGGCGGAGCCGCCCGGGGAAGUGUUACCGUCUCUAUCCAGAGUCGGAGUUUGCGAAGCUGCCCGAGGCGACGGAGCCCGAGAUGCGGCGGAGCGACAUGGCGCCCGUCAUUCUGCAGCUCAAGGCGCUCGGCAUCGACAACGUCCUGCGUUUCUCCUUCCUCUCGCCGCCUCCAGCUGAGUCCAUGGUGCAAGCCGUGGAGCUACUCUACGCUUUGGGAGGCCUUGAUGAGCAGUGUCAGCUGACGGAGCCUCUAGGAGUGCGCAUGGCUGAGUUCCCGAUGGGACCCAUGUAUGCCAAGAUGCUGCUGGAAUCAGGAACCUUUGGUUGCUCAAAAGAGAUUAUCACCAUCGCCGCCAUGAUGCAGAUUCAGAACGUGUUCCUUUCUCCGCCCAACCAGAAGAUAAAGGCCGCUCGUCAGCAGCGUAAGUUUGCCGUGGAAGAGGGCGAUCACAUGACGAUGCUGAACGUGUUUGAGGCAUUCGUGAAGCACAACAAGAGUUCUGCCUGGUGCCAGCAACACUUCCUCAACUACAAGGGGCUAGUGCGGGCUGGAAUCCUGCAGGAGCAGCUUCGGAAGCUUCUUCGAAGGUUCCACAUCCCCAGCAACUCCAGCAACGGAGACGCAGACCCUGUGCGGAGAUGCAUUGUGUCCGGGUUCUUCGCCAAUGCCGCCAAACUACACCACAGUGGAGCCUACAGGACGGUACGCGACGACUUUGAGCUCCACAUCCACCCGACCUCCAUGCUCUAUGCCGAGAAGCCACCGCAGUGGGUGGUGUUUAACGAGGUGGUGCAGACAUCUCGCUUCUUCAUGAGGGACGUGACAGCGGUGGAGCCGGCCUGGCUCACGGAACUUGCUCCGCACUUCUUCCAGCAGAGCACGGAUUUUUCUCAAGCAUCCAAGCGGUCGCGACCAUCGUAGCGGCGUCUCGCACAGCACAGCGAGCCCGGCGGUAGCCACGGCGAGUCCUGUGAGCCAGCGACUCGGAAGUGUGGGUGGGGUUCGGUGGAUCGUGCAGAGACGGAGCCAUCGUGCGUGCCGGGAGAUGGUGGGAUGGUAACCUGUGGGAUGUGAUUACAUCAAAUAGACGCGACACACAGUUCAGUGAGCCCUCUCUCUACGUUGCUCCUAUUUCUACGUUGUUUCGCUGUAACAUAGCCAACGAAUUAGGGAACAUAAUGGGAUUUUAAAUUAAUUGAUUCACUCCGUUUUGAAAUUUUUUAAAGAAAAGAACGCGGGAGGUUGGGUGGUGUGCGUCAAUACGCGCUAUGCCAUGGUGCCCCCUAGUGGGCGCUAAAGCCUCUUCGUUUACAACAUACUGUACACUGUACUACCCUCUCUAAAUACAAUCUCUCGCUCCAUCUCUGGUGAGGACUUUGUAUUACCGUAUAUAUUUAAACUUGUGUACUAUCGUUUUGGCCAUCUUUUGUUAUCCUUUGUGGCAUUGUGCAAACUUUCACCCAAAUAUUACCCCCUGGGACGUGUCCUAAAUUUAUAUCAUUAAAGUCGGUGGUUAAAUAGUUUUCGAUGUACGCUGUCCGUCAAAUGCCGUGCUUCCCAGGGAUGCAUCCGCCACGUAAAUAGAGGGCUUCCUCUACAAUGUCAUAUAUCCACCUGGACCAAUUAACCGACCGCAUCCAGUGCCAGAUGUGUACGUGGAGUCGCCAUUUUAUAUGCAUGUUUACUUAAACAACAUUUUCAACGAUCUACCUAUGCCUCUCUCGCCAGUGAGUCGGAUAUGCGACGCACUGCUGUAACAACCAGCUUCAGUGUUAUCCCCUCUUAUGAGGGGGUUUCCUCAGGUUUGCUCCCACAUGCAUAAUACUAUAAGGGACAGAUUACAAACACGUUGAAGAAAUCCCCCCCCCCCCAAGUUAUUUAAAGAUACAUUUAAAACAUAUUUUUGUACAAAAAUUGUAAGUGUUGUGUAAAUACUGCUUGCAGUGUAUAGUACGAAUAGUGUGCCAUGUUUUGUUGCACUAACUCAUUAAACUUAAGAUUUAGAAAAAAUUGUGGUAAUGUAAAGCAUGAAUCGACCCUCUCAGCAGCCAUGAUUGGUCCACUCCUAGAUGAAGGGUACCUGCUUAUGAUGUCAGCACACAUUUGUUUUCGUAUUUAGUGUAACCUUAAUGUUAGGUUCAAGUGUUCGGAAUAGUUUAGGGGUAGUGGUAGGGAUAGUAGUAUGGUUACGAGUUAUAAUAAUUAUGCGAGAGUAUAGAUUCAUACUAUUUUAAGGCUGAGUCGACCUAGGGCAGACCCAGUAUAGGUACAGAGACUAAAUUAAGGCUGAGUUUAUCUCAGGGAACACAUUUUGUAAAUUAAACCCACUUGUCCACCCACUAGUAUAUUUGGGUGCACCACAGUAAGUUGAAACUAAACUUUUUAUUUCACCAGGUAAGGCCCAAUGAGCUGUAUAGCUCUUUAUCAGAAGCUCAACGAAGUGGCUUACGGUAAAACCUUGGAUUGCGAGCAUCCAAAGCACUCGUAUAUCAAAGCACUCGUAUAUCAGUUGUGAUCACGUGAUGCUUGGCAGACAAAGCGUAUACACGUACUACUCGUAUGGCAAGACUUCGCUCGUUUAUCAAAUUAAUAUUUAUUGUAAAAAUGUGCUCGUCUUGCAAAACACUCGCAGACCAAGUUACUCGCAAUCCAAGGUUUUACUGUAUGUGGAAAUUUAUAGCAGCCAAAUACUCGAAACGUCCCAAGGGGUGAGACGGCAUUGGCGAUAUUUCAAGCCGCACGUUAACAAAACAUGGAAUGUGUUGCUUGUGGUAAAUAUAAAAAUCUAAUUGUGGGGUCUUAAGGGGGAGGCUAUCCCGUACAAUAUGAUAGAAGUUAAACAUACGUACAUACAUCACCCCCGUUUCCCCACCCUUGGAUCCGCCAAGACCCUAGCACGUUUUGCGUGACCACACGAGGCGUGCGGCAAGCGCUGGGCGCGUGUGCAGACGAGGGCUCGCCUGCUCCCCGCAGCAGCAGCAGCAGCACGUGACCCCCGUGCCCUCCGGUUCCUUCAGAGGCUUCAGAGACGUGUCCACCUGAAGCACCUGACAGCCGGGAGGCAGUGGGAUGGUUAAGCGGAGAGCAUCCGUCUUAGUAAAAUAAGACCGUGUUCAAGACCGAGUAGACACGUGUGUGUACUGUCAUUUAUUCAUUUUUAUAUUUAUUUUUUAUUGAGCCAAUGUCUGGGCCCAAUACUGUGAUUUCCACUUUUAAUAUUCAGGUUGGAGUUUUCUUCUACGUUUUUCCUCCGUGCUCUCUUCCUUCACUGUGGUGGAUGAGGAUGGUGUCGAUGCCUUGCUUGAUGUUGAAUCGCUGUGCUCCUGGAAGAUGUUGAAUCCAGCAGUUCCAGCAUCAAACUGCUGCAUCAGGAUAUUCAAAUUCACCCUGAAAAUCUAAAAUUGCUCAUUUCAGACUUUGAACUGUGUAUAAAUAAAUCAAGUUUUUUUAUG